AUGGGUGGAAGCAGCUCAAAAAAGCCGUUCACUGAAUGGGAUUUAAUACAAUACAGUGUUCCAUUACCAACAGUGGAGAAGAUUUAUAAAGAUUUUCAAGAAGUGACAUUGAAAAAUAAUAAAAUGGAUAAAAAAGAAUUUCGUCAAUUAUAUAAAGAAAUGUAUUUAAGUUCUCAACAUGGAAAUAAUGUUGCACCGUUUCUAUCCGAUCAUGAUUUAGACAAAAUGUCUGAUCAUGUUUUUGAAACUUAUGAUUUCGAUGGAUCAGGAAAACUGAGUUUUGAAGAAUUUGCGGAAGUUUAUCUGAUGUUGAAUCAUUAUGCGGGAACAAAUCCAAAUGGAACAACAAGAAAAGAGAAGUUUAAUUACAUUUUAGAUCAAUACGAUGACACUGCACCUGGUUAUAUAACACGUGAACAUGGUCAACAGAUUUUGAAUCGUCUUAAUAAUUUUCAAAAUCUGUCAAAUUGGAAUAAAUCAUCAACAAAUAAUCCAGCAGGAACAACAACGUGGGAUGAUCAUUGGAAGAAACUCGAUGAUGGAACUGGACGUGUUUCAAAAGAGAAAUUUGUUGAGUAUGUCACUAACUCGAAUGAUUAUAAACAUCAUUUCGGAAUUUAA